AUGAGUCGAUUGUCUAAUGGUAAUCUCGUGGUUGAUUUUCUUUGCGAUGCACUUUCUCUAGCAACCCCAGCGCCUUAUAAAGACCCUUCUGUAAAUUUCUCGGUCGCAGUCAACUUUGCCGUAGCAGGAUCAACGUCUCUUCCUAGUGAUUAUUUUUUUGGAAAAAAUCUCAGCACCAUAUUUUGGAAAGGAUUGCCCGGGAGUUUUCAAACUCAAAUAGCUUGGUUCAAUAAUUUUCAGAUAAAGGCAGGAUGCAAAGGCAAAAAUAGAGCUUCCUGUAAAGCUCAGAUGCAGAACUCACUUUUCUGGAUUGGAGAAAUGGGAAUCAACGACCAUACUCGUUCCAUCGGGUCAUCUGUUUCUCUUUAA